CGGCCCAGGGCGUGCCCCGGGGUCCCGCACCGAGCCCCGCAUCACCGCCCCGCAGGGCGCCUGCGCUCCCUCUGCCCGCGCCUCGGCGUCCCUCACCAACCAAUAAGUAGAAUCUUACAAAAAAAAAAAAAAGAGCCAGAGCCAACAGCAGCCGGAAGGAGCCCGGCGGCCGGCCCAGCGCGGGGAGCGGGGCAGGGGCGGGCGCCGGAAGUAGCGACCCCCGGGGCGCGGCGGCGGCCAAUCAGACGCCUCCUUACUGCGACGGCGACGCCCCCGGCGCAGGCGCAGGCGCAGGCGCACUCCGCGCUCCUCCCCGGCCGUUUCCGGUUCCGCCCGGGCUCGCCGGCCGCGGGUGGCGGGCCGGGCGCAGGGGGAGCGGGGCAUGCACGCCCUUAGCCAGGAGAUUAGAGCCUUCUCCCGGAAGGGCCUCCGGAAGCAAUGCACCAGGGUGACCUCGCUGACCGGGAGGACCACCAUAGAAACAUGGGACGGCGCGCGGGGUGUCGUGGUGGAGGCCGGGCCGCCGGGCCGCGGGGGCAGCUGCGGAUUCGUGCCGGACCUCAGCCUCGACCUGCGGGUCGGCGUCCUGAAGCCCUGGUUGCUGCUGGGGUCACAAGAUGCUGCUCAUGAUCUGGAUACUCUGAAAAAGCACAAGGUGACUCACAUUCUCAAUGUUGCAUAUGGAGUUGAAAAUGCUUUCCUCGAUGACUUUAUAUAUAAGAGCAUUUCUAUAUUGGAUCUUCCUGAAACCAAUAUCCUGUCUUAUUUUCCAGAAUGUUUUGAAUUUAUUGAACAAGCAAAAGCAAAGGAUGGAGUGGUUCUGGUUCAUUGUAAUGCAGGAGUUUCCAGGGCUGCUGCAAUUGUAAUAGGAUUCUUGAUGAAUUCUGAAGAACUCUCAUUUAGCAGUGCUUUUUCUUUGGUGAAGAAUGCAAGGCCUUCCAUAUGUCCAAAUACUGGCUUCAUGGAGCAGCUUCGUACAUAUCAACAAGGCAAAGAAAGCACUAAGUGUGACAACAUACAGGAGUUAGAAAGGCGUGACAGUCUGUGAGUCACAUUCCAGCAGAUAAAGGACAACUGUAAUUUCUGCAUUGACCCCUACAGCUACCCGUCCUUGUUUUUGAAAAGUAGACCAGUAAAAACUUACUUCUGUCUUGCGUUUUUCAAGUAGAAAUGGAGGUGAAUGGAUUGUCUUGAGCUAGAGUAUAAAUACAUUUUUAAGUUAUAUGAUGUUUUCUUUGGUAUUAUAAUGUGUGAUCAAAUGCUGCUUUGAUUUGCUAAGAAAAAAUAAUGUAUUACCAAUACUUGAUUUCUGUAGAAGAAAAAGAAUUACAUUCAAAAUCUUUAUUCGAGCAUGGAAAGGUUAAAUCAGUUGAUUAAGACUUUUGGUAUUUUUCUAUUCCAGCAAUAUUUUCAUGAAGGAAAAAACUUGAAGUGCUACUCACUAUUUCAGAGGGUGGUCAAUUUCUGUGUAAAGAAUUUGAGAUGAAAAACUAAUACUUUAAACCUCCCAAAAAGAUAUAACCAAAAUCUGAAGGUUGACACAAUGCAGGCGCACUUUACUUGAUUGUGUUUUGCAGAUGUUAUAUGUGCUACAGAUUGAAAAUGGCAGCCCUGCAUUGAGGAAGUGUAUUGGCACCAUUUUUUCCAAUAGCAUUUGCUCACUUUGUGUCUUGGUGUCACAUUUUGGUAAUUCUCACAGUCUUUCAAACUUGUUCAUUGAAGUUGUUUUUGUUCUGGUGGUCUGUGAUCGGUGAUCUUUGAUGUUGCUACUGUAAUCGUUUUGGGGUGCCACGAACCAGACCCAUGUAAUAUGGUGAACUUAACUGAUAAAUACUGCUUAUGUGGUGACUAUUCAGUUGGCCCUUUCCCCAUCUCUCCUUCCUUGUCGGGCCUGCCUCCCUACUCCCUGAGACACAACAAAUACUGAAAUUAGGCCAGUUAUUCACCCUACAAUGGCCUCUAAGUGUUCAACUGAACGGAAGAGUCGCAUGUCUCUCACUUUAAAUCAAAAGCUAGAAAUGAUUAAGCUUAGUGAGGAAGGCAUGUCGAAAGCAGAGAUAGGUCGGAAGCUAGGCCUCUUGCGCCAAACAGUUAGCCAAGUUGUGAAUGCAAAGGAUAAGUUCUUGAAGGAAAUUAAAAGUGGUACUCCAGUGAACACACGAAUGAUAAGAAAGCGAAACAGCCUUAUUGCUGAUAUGGAGAAAGUCUUAGUGGUCUGGAUAGAAGAUCAAACCAGCCACAACAUUCCUUUGAGCCAAAGCCUAAUCCAGAGCAAGGCCCUGACUCUCUUCAAUUCUAUGAAGGCUGAGAGAGGUGAGGAGGCUGCAGAAGAGAAGUUUGAAGCUAGCAGAGGUUGGUUCAUGAGGUUUAAGGAAAGAAGCCGUCUCUGGAACAUCAAAGUGCAAGGUGAAGCAGCAAGUGCUGAUGUAGAAGCUGCAGCAGGUUACCCAGACGAUCUAGCUAGGAUCAUUAAUGAAGGUGGCUACACUAAACAGCAGAUUUUUAAUGUAGAUGAAACAGCCUUAUAUUGGAAGAAGAUGCCAUCUAGGACUUUCAUAGCUAGAGAGGAGAAGUCAAUGCCCGGCUUCAAAGCUUCAAAGGACAGGCUGACACUCUUGCUAGGGGCUAAUGCAGCUGGUGACUUUAAGUUGAAGCCAAUGCUCAUAUACCAUUCUGAAAAUCCUAGGGCCCUUAAGAAUUAUGCUAAAUCUACUCUGCCCGUGCUCUACAAAUGGAACAACAAAGCCUGCAUGACAGCACAUCUGUUUACAACGUGGUUUACUGAAUAUUUUAAGCCCACAGUUGAGACCUACUGCUCAGAAAAAAAGAUUCCUUUCAAAAUACUACUGCUCGUUGACAAUGCACCUGGUCACCCACGAGCUCUGAUGGAGAUGUACAAUGAGAUUAAUGUUGUUUUCAUGCCUGCUAACUCAACAUCCGUUCUACAGCCCAUGGACCAAGGAGUCAUUUCCGCUUUCAAGUCUUAUUAUUUAAGAAAUACAUUUCGUAAGGCUAUAGCUGCCACAGACAGUGAUUCCUCUGAUGGAUCUGGGCAAAGUAAAUUGAAAACCUUCUGGAAAGGAUUCACCAUUCUAGAUGCCAUUAAGAACAUUCGUGAUUCAUGGGAAGAGGUCAAAAUGUCAACACUAACAGGAGUUUGGAAGACAUUAAUUCCAGGCCUCAUGGAUGACUUUGAUGGGUUCAAGACUUCAGUGGAGGAAGUAACUGCAGAUGUGGUAAAAAUAGCAAAAGAAUUAGAACUAGAAGUAGAGCCUGAAGAUGUGACUGAAUUGCUUCAAUCUCACGAUAAAACUGUAAUGGAUGAGGAGUUGCUUCCUAUGGAUAAGCAAAGGAAGUGGUUUCUUGAGAUGGAAUCUACUCCCGGUGAGGAUGAUGUAAAGAUUGUCGAAAUGACAACAAAGGAUUUAGAAUACUACAUAAGCUUAGUUGAUAAAGCAGCAGCGGGGUUUGAGAGGAUUGACUCCAAUUUUGAAAGAAGUUCCAGAGUGGGUAAAAUGCUAUCAAACAGUAUCUCGUGCUACAGAGAAAUUGUUCGUGAAAGGAAGACUCCAUCAAUGCGGCAGAUUUCAUUAUUGUCUUAUUUUAAGAAAUUGCCACAGUCCCCCCAACCUUCAGCAACCACCACCCUGAUCAGUCAGCAACCAUCAACAUCACGGCAUGACCCUCCACCAGCAAAAAAAUUACGGAUUGCUGAAAGCUCAGAUGAUGGUUAGCAUUUUUUAGCAAUAAAGUAUUUUUAAAUUAAGAUAUGUACAUUGUUUAGAUAUAAUGCUAUUGCACGCUUAGUAGACUAUAGUGUAAACAUAAUUUUUGUAUGUACUGGGAAGCCACACAGUUCAUUUGACUCACAAUAUUUACUUUGUUGUAGUCUGGAACUGAACCCACAAUAUCUCUGGGGUAUGCCUGUAUUUAUAUAGUGGUUACAGUAUUCACAAAGUUUUUUACGUCCUUUUGUGAAAAUGAACCUUCUUUUUAUUUUUAACUUAAUUAUAUUGCCUGUAUUUAUUUAUUUUUUAAUUUUUAAAACUUUUGUACAAAUGUCAUGUGAUUGUGAGCUUAUGGUUCUUUUGGUGAUCUGGUCUCUUAUGCUGUUUUUCAUAUCCUGGGUCCCUAGCUUUCUGUUUUUGGGUUACAUGUCAUAAUUUUUGAUCUCCUUGGAUCUGUGGGAAAAUAUUUUAUGGUAAAGGAUCAUGCUUUGGGUGUGAUUUGUUCAAGUCUGUCUUCUAAUUUGGUAUUCUACUAGAGAAUGUAUUUUUCAAGAAAGAAGAGCUAUGGUUUUGUGAGAAAUUUUAAGUCCUUUGUUAGCCUAAAAUCAUUUGCAAUUUUAUCUCUGGCCAGAGGCUUUGAAUAGUUUUCUUUCUUUUUCUUUUUCUUUUUUUUAAUUAAGUCUCCAUAUUGGCAAGGCUGAACUCUGUACAUUAUAAAUUUGCUUAAAGAUACUACUUGAAUCAUUCAGAAUAAAGUGUAUUUAAAAUUAA